AGGGGGCGCCUUCAGUUUUUUCGCGCACUUCUUUCGACGGGUUGACUUCCCGGCCCUCUGUCUUCGUCGGGUCCUUCCCCGUGUGUCCGCCAUCAGAGAGAGCAGACAUGGCGAUCAGGUAUCCUAUGGCCGUUGGCCUUAAUAAAGGCCACCCUACCACCAAGAACGUGAUGAAGCCCAGGCAGAGCAGCAGACGAGGGCGCCUGACCAAGCACACCAAGUUCGUUCGGGACAUGAUCCGCGAGGUGUGCGGCUUCGCCCCCUACGAGAGACGCGCCAUGGAGUUGCUGAAGGUCUCUAAGGAUAAGCGCGCCCUCAAGUUCAUCAAGAAAAGGGUCGGAACUCACAUCCGCGCCAAGAGAAAGAGGGAGGAGCUGAGCAACGUCCUGGCUGCAAUGAGAAAGGCGGCUGCCAAGAAGGACUAAGCUGUGUAACGCUGCUGUCAAAUAAAACUUGUAAAAACCA